UUGUAAGUAGGGUGUGGAAAUGGGACUUCUCUGUUGCGUUGGUGGAAUGGGGGCUUCUUCAAUUUGUUUUCUCGGAUGCGGCCACUGCCCAGCGCAUUUGCUCCGGGACUUCCUAGAUCUUUGAGAAGUUUGUCAUCCACGUCCGCAAGUGGGAGACCUCGACGACGGAGCUAGCGGCAGAGCUAAUCAGGGUUCCUCUUGCGACACAAAUCUUGGGGUCCCGUACUAUUGUUGCGCUGAGAGAAUGGGGACCCUACUUGGGUCGGCCCUCGGUCCGGCGGAGACAGCAACUAUCCACCGAUCAGCCUCAUCUGGAGGACUCUACAUUAGGACGAAGAUAACUCUGGACCUCCAGCUUCCUCUCCCUGACGAAGUGGCCGCUACUCAUGAGGAUCCUGAAAAAGGUAGCUUCAAGGCUUUGGUGAAAUUCGAAUCCCUGCCCCAAUUUGGCUUCCUCUGUGGGGUGGUUGGUCAUGUGAACAGAUUCUGUCCGAGGAAGGAUGACCACUUUGGCAAUCUACCAAGGUAUGGCAAGCAUAUAGUGGCACAUGCCCUAGGGUGAAUGAGGCUACGCUAGCACGGCGACGCAAGCGGUUUGUUUGGACUUUGGUUGGGUACAACCAUGGGAUACGAGCCUCCAAGAGACAAUCCUCCACCAACCUACCCCUUAUUGCAUCGGCCCGGUCUGCUCCUUUGCCGUUGGGGAUGACAACCCAUCUUAGCCAUUUGCAGAUCUCCACCACAGCACAACAUGACCCUAUGAGCAACCCCCCGCGGGUAUUUCACCAUCAAGACGUGGACCUGAGAGAGUCUAUGGAGCCAUCAGCAAAGAGGGUCUGUCUAGGCCCCUAGGUGGCAUCUGACAAUGCGAACUAGGAUAGCAGGGUGGAGGCAGCCGGCCCUAAUCGACCCCCAGCCGAUAGAUGAGUAUCCUUGCUUGGAACUGUCGAGGUUUGGGGGGCCUUGACAGUUCCUGUGCUCUGGGAGGCCGUAGCCCGAGAUGCACCUUUCCUUGUUUGUUUGAGUGAGACUAGACGUGAUGAUGAGUUUGUAGUUGAUCAGCUAGGUGGCUUAGGUUUUCCUGAGGGCAUAAUUCAUAGUAUGUCAAAUAUUGGUACUGGAUUAGCUAUUGCCUGGUGUUCUGAUUUA